AUGAGCCGGAACAAGUCUCAGCAACUAGUACAGGAGAUGUACAAGAACUUAAUUGAGAACAUGGCUAUGGACGCGAGAUUAAAUGAUGAGUUUAUGCCGCCCUACGCUGCUGAGAUCCUGGCAAAGAUCAGUCCACGCUCUAGGAAAACGUAUGAUGGUUCAGCUAUUUUCAUCCCCGAUGCCAUCGAGGGCGCCCGUGUGCUGGACAUUGGCUGUGGAGGUGGAAGUCUGUCUUUUGUUUUGUCCAAGCUCGUUGGUCCAGCUGGAUACGUUGUUGGAGUUGACCUGUCUGAAAAAUUCAUCCAACUGUGCCAAGAAGAGACAGCCUACCACAUGCAAGAAUGGGGCUACAGUAAACCCAACUGUGAGUUUAUAUGCUCGGAUGUCGAGAGGUUAUUGGACCUUCAACUUGAGCCAUUUGAUGAAGGUGGAGAAUUCUACAACAGUGAUAUCUUCUCUGAUGUUGAACAAUGUGAAGAGGUCAAAGCGACUCCACUUUUUUGUUGCUAUGGACUCAGUGGUGCCAUGGUGUGGUCUGAGCUGAAAGAGUUGACAGGACAGUUUGGGUUCUCAGACCCUUACCUGUUGUACGCCGCUGACACCUUCCAAUUUGGCACCGAGAAAAACAAGCAGGAUCUAAGGGGAGUCAACUAUGUGUGUGCUGUGUAUAGACUUGUUAAAUUGGUGCCUAAAACUACUGGUCCAGCCGCCAUUGUGAUCUACAAUGGUAAAUACGAGAACAACAAGGACUUUUUCAAAUGGGAUGUUGAUCUGACGUUCAAGAAAGAUGUCCCUAUAAAAAUAGAUGGGUAUUUUGCUAGUAUCUUGGCUAAAACAAAAUACGCCAAAUUUUUUGCAAUAGAAAAAUGUAUAAAUCAUGUCACUUUAAAAAGGAACCAGAAUCCUUUCAAUUAUCUGAAAAAACUACGUGAAGGUGGUUCAGCAUAUCCGACACCAAUUUUUCCUAUGGAUGAACACCACAACAAGUUGUAUGAAGAUUCCAUUAAAAACAUUAUUUAG